GUCAACGGUCCCAUAAGUGAGGGGGGGUGUUUUUAGAAAGAACAGAGGUGGACCUUAUCAACAGAGGCCCAGUCCUGGCCUGGAGCAAAAAGGGGGUAGCAUAUCUGGGGAACAGAAGCAGCCAAACGAGGGAUGACUGUACUAGAACCGACGCUUUCAUUGUCGGGAUCGUCGAAGUUGUGCGGAAGGUGGUCCCAUCACCUCAUCGCCAUUGGCUUGAAGUUUCGUAUCUUUCUUGAUUUGUGAGAGGUAGUUCGGGUAAUGUUCAAAAUACCGCGUCUUACCGAAAGAUCCAGCGACUGAAACUCGAAUCUGAUGGCAAAGACGCAAAGACGCCGUCGCCCCAAAUCGCCAAACCAAGAGCUUUGUUUCUAUGUCACGAUGUCCCGGUUACUGCGGUAUGCAUAGCACUGUUGGUACCGGCACUACCGCCGAUCAUUCGAGGCCGAGGACACUCAACAAACCAAAUCCAUUCAGCCAACAAUGCCGCAUCUGUUUGUCAAUCGUCCAUUCGCUCGUUUUCCCGAAGAUUUGCGCAACCAUUUCCGAUGGGAAAUCUUCAAUGCAAUUUGCUACUUGACAGGAGGCGUCAUCUUCAUCAUUGGGUCAGUCCUCUUUCUGCCUAAGUACGAAGAGUAUAUCCAUAUUGGAUCCUGGCUCUUCAUCAUUGGAUCCUUCCUUUACUUGAUUGUGUCUGGUCACGAUCUCCACAGGCUGAUGCAUGCUUCUAAUCCAAAGACUGUGGACGUGCUGGCAGCCAGCACGUAUUGUGCAGGAGGCCUUGUCUUUAUUGUGGGAAGCUAUCAGUUUCUUCCCUCUGUGGGUGCCUACAGAGCUGGAGCCUACAAUUUCAUUGCUGGAUCUCUGCUCUUCAUCUUUGGAGCAGUCUACAAUGCGAUUCAAAUCUUUGACUCUCCAACACGGGCGUCUGCUCUUUAUGCCAAUCUCACAGCCGUAUGCUACUUGAUUGGGUCGACACUCUUUCUCUCUGGUUCGGUGCCCUACUUGUGGAGCUUUGAAUCAGAGGAAGACGCUCAUCAACUCUAUCACUACCUGGGGAGUCAGUUCAUCCUAGGUUCUGUUCUCUUUCUCAUUGGCGGAUCCUUCAAUUUUUAUCGUGCGCACUUGAUCUUCCAACAUGCUCUCUCUACAUCCAAAGUUGAGUUCCAAAGCAAACAUAUGGAGGUAGUGUCGUCAGAAUACCACGGGUCCUCUCUGGAAGAAAUGCCGCGUGCAACAGUUUCGUAACAGUCUAGCUGGCGCAUGGCAAAGUUGGCAUGGGGGGACCUUCAAGAUGAAGAUGGAGGAAGGAUUGCGUCCGUCAGGAGGGGAGCUAGAGCUGUGGACAGAGAAACAAUCAGCUGGAUAGUUCGACAAGAGACAUGCGGCUUCAUGCUCGUUUCCAGAUUUGCUUGUGUUGCGACUCAAGAUACCAGUUUAGCUAGAUAGUCUUGAGACAGCGUGUUACUAGUAGGGGCAAUCUUUCAAGUUCUCUCCAAAUACUGCUUCUCUCCAGAUACUACCAAAGGCUACCGGUAAUGAUACGGUAUCGGCUCCUUCUCCUGAGGAUCUAGUUCAAGGCAGGCGAGGAGAGUGGCUGACCUGUCAAACUCGUUUCUGUUGCACAUAUUCAUAUUUGGCAAGGCUGAUUAUAUAUUUGGAGUGCAGAAAACAUUGUAUGGACGGCAACGAAUGGAGACCAAACCAUCGGUAACAAAGGUCUAGAUAUAUAGUAGUAAAUGCAGUUUGAUCAAGGUU